AUUGUUUCACUCAUAAAAUAAAGAUGAAAGUUAUUGCCCUGAUAGUAAUCCUCGGCUUCUGUGCUGUUUACGCCAACCAGGAAGAAAAAAGGCAGCUUGGUAUUGCUGCCUCAUUAGCUCCCUUGAUAGGUAAAGCUAUUGGUGUUGACAAGUUGGUCGGAAGUAUCGUAACAGGAGUAACAUCUUUAUUUAAAGGCAAAUCUGGUGAUAUCACCAUUCCCAACACACAAAUCAAGCUUCACUACCAAGUUGACAAAUGUCACGUCAAAUUUGGCAAGAGAUUCAUCAUUGGUCACCUUGUCAGAGAAAAAUGCAAAGCUACCGUUAGUGAAAACGCCAUCAGUAAAACUUCUUCAAGUUGCACAGAAAGUCAUCAAGAAAGUGCUUUGAAAUGUGCCAUGGAUGCUGAAGUCAAGAAACUCCAAGCCUUGGCAAACACCGCCUAAAUAAAUGAUUAAUAAAUUUUUUAAUUACAAAUC